GCUCCUCUGACCCUCUGCCAACAACUCCCACCAUGGCCCAACGAUCCUCUAUCACCAUCAAGUCAGGGGGCACUCGGAACUUCAGUACUUCCUCAGCGAACUUCCUCCCGGGCUCCCGGACCAGCUUCAGCUCUGUCUCCAUGACCCAAGGCGGGAAGAGAUUUGGAGGUGGCUUUGGGGGUGGCUUUGGAAGCAGGAGUCUCCAUGGCCUUGGGGGCAGCAAGAGAAUCUCCGUCAGUGGGGGCUACCGCUCCAGCCGGGGCAGCUUCGGUGGCGCUGGCUAUGGGAUGGGUCUUGGCGGCAUAGGGUACAGAGUAGGAGCCUGCAGCGGGUAUGGAGGUGGGAUGAUGCCUGGAUCUGGGGGCAUCCAGGAGGUCACUGUCAACCAGAGCCUCCUGACGCCGCUGCAUCUGGAGAUCGACCCCUCCCUUCAGCGGGUGCGGAAGGAGGAGCGGGAGCAGAUCAAGACCCUCAACAACAAGUUCGCCUCUUUCAUCGACAAGGUGCGGUUCCUGGAGCAGCAGAACAAGGUCCUAGAGACCAAAUGGAGCCUCCUGCAGGAGCAUAAAACCACCAGGGCCAACAUUGAGCCCAUGUUCGAAGCCUACAUCAACAACCUGAGGCGGCAGCUGGACAGCCUGGGCGGGGAGCGGGCAAGGCUGGAGACGGAGCUGAAGAACAUGCAGGAUGUGGUGGAGGACUUCAAGAACAAGUACGAAGAUGAAAUCAACAAGCGCACAGUGGCGGAGAAUGAGUUUGUGGUGCUCAAGAAGGACGUGGAUGCCGCCUACAUGAACAAGGUAGAGCUGGAGGCCAAGGUGGACGCCUUAAUGGACGAGAUCAACUUCCUGAAAGCUUUCUAUGAAGCGGAGCUGGCUCAGCUUCAGGACCAGAUCUCUGAGACCUCUGUGAUCUUGUCCAUGGACAACAACCGCAACCUGGACCUGGACAGCAUCAUCGCCGAGGUCAAGGCCCAAUAUGAGGACAUCGCCAACCGCAGCAGGGCCGAGGCUGAGUCCUGGUAUCAGACCAAGUAUGAGGAGCUGCAGCGGUCUGCUGGCCGGCACGGGGAUGACCUCCGCACCACCAAGAUGGAGAUCUCUGAGCUGAACCGGCUGAUGCACAGGCUGCGCUCUGAGAUUGAUAACCUGAAGAAGCAGUGUGCCGCGCUCCAGGCCGCCAUCGCUGAUGCUGAGCAGCGUGGGGAGCUGGCCCUCAAGGACGCCAAGCACAAGCUGGCCGAGCUGGAGGAGGCCCUGCAGAAGGCCAAGCAGGACAUGGCCAAGCAGCUGCGCGAGUACCAGGAGCUGAUGAAUGUCAAGCUGGCCCUGGACAUUGAGAUCGCCACCUACAGGAAGCUGCUGGAGGGCGAGGAGUGCAGACUCACUGGAGAAGGUGUCGGACCCGUGAACAUCUCCGUGGUCUCCUCCUCUGGAGGCACAGGCUACAGCGGGGGCAGCGGCCUCUGUGUGGGCGGGAGCGGCUACAGCAGCGGCCUCUGCUAUGGCAGUGGCAGCGGGGGCUUCAGUUCCACCAGUGGCCGCAACAUGGGUGGCAGCACCUCCAGCAUGCGCAUCAUCUCCAAGACGUCGUCCACCAAGAAGAGUUAUAGGAGCUAAAAAGCCCCACCUGCCUCUGCUGCCUCCCCCACCCCACCCCACCCCACCCCACGAGACUCCCAGUUCCCAGCCCCAAGGCCUGCCGCUUUGCUGACACCCCCUGCACAAAGUCAAUCCUGGCAGUAGUUCACAUAGGGAGUGGGAAAGUGGCCUGUGCAUUCCAGGGUCACCUUGUCCAUCCCUCUGCUUCCAGACAGGCCCCCACAGAGGGACCCCAUUCACUCCCCAUCCCAGGGCCUUCCAGGGGCUAGGGGCAUCCAUUCUAGCUAACGCUGAUUCAACUGCUCUGAGCCAAGACCUGGGCUGGGUGGGACUUUGCCCUUCAGUAGCUUCCAGAGCGGGGAUGCAAUUGGGUCUCCCUCCUCCUGUCUGAGACAGGUCCACUGUAACCACAGUCUUUCAUGGGAAGCUUAGAAUUGACCUUGGUGCGCCAAGAAAGUUGAGUGCAGUCUAGGCCAGAGUUCUCACGUGAGCUUUCUCACACAGACAGACACUUCUCCUGCAGGCCACUGAGACCAGGAAGUAAUGCCAGCCUUGCCCACAUAUGGCCUCCUCACCUCCUUCCUUCUUGUCCUCACCCAGGAUGCCAGCCACUACCCCUGACAACCACCACCAGCAGACUAUUUGAGAGAGAAAUCAACACCCAUUAAAACAUUGCCAACUCUUGAUUAUUCAUAGGAGAAUGAAAUACUUGUAUCAAGAAUCCAAACGUUCUCCAUGGCCAGGGCUGCAUUUGAUAAUAUUUUAUAGCCACAUUCUUCCCAAAUCUGCUUCAUUUAAGCCAACAUUAGAAUUAUGGGCCUGAACAGAAAUGUCCUGAUGCUGAGGGCGAGGAGGCAGGCUCACGUGAAGGUGUGGGAGACAGCUCAGCACCAGGUGCCUACGACAGACACACAUGGGAAAGAACCCAAUCAGCCUGUCCUAGAACUGCCCAAGGAGAGCCCUCCUGCAGUGACCUACAGGCACAGGACUUCUCCUCCUCUGUGCUGCCACAUCACCUCUUUUCUGGAAAGUUUUCUUCCCUUUGUUACCCUGCUCUUUCCACCUUCUCUUUCCCCCCUCAGACCUUUUCUACUCAUCCUCUGCCACCUCUCCUCUCUCCCCCGCGCCCCUCCUCAUCUCUCCUUAUUUCUCUUUUCUUCCUUUCACUUCCCCUCUUUUCUGUUUGGCAAUACAGUCCCUGCUCUUUCUCUCUCCUGGCCAUUCUUCUAUACUCCUGUCUCUGAAAUGUCUAGCUGUGGCGUUGCCCAUCCGCAGCUUUAGCCACUGAAACUCUUGAAAGCAGUCAGUCCAUCAAACACCCUGCCCUACAGGGAAGGCCCAAGAGAGCAGACUCAGAAGCGAGGCAGCUCUUCCUUAGGUGUUCCCUGAGGAUGCCUUGCUCAGCCCCUUGAAGGAAGCAGAAAUAGGGUGUCGGUGGAAUAGGGGAGCAGCGGAGGCACAGAAAUAUUGAGGUGGCCAUCGCAGGUGGUUUCCUAUUUAGCUAGAAGACUUGUAAACCCUCACACACCUCCCAUGUGUUCAAAAAAAAAAAGCACUCACAAGGCGAGGAGAGACGGGCUGCGUGCUGCCAGCAUGAAGACAGGAGCGUCCACUGCUUCUGAGAACAGUCACUCCCAUGAUAAUCCUUUCAAACCUUUCUCUACUACUGGCUCCCUGUACCUGCCUGUUCCCUGAAAUAGCUUCAAUAAAAUAUCACCGAGCUCUCUG